AAAUUCCUUCCGGAGGCAGAAUUAAUGAGGCUGUUGCAUGAGAUCAGUGGACAGGAGCAGCAGCCGGAAGCAGCCACGAUCGCGUGAGUGUCCAGCAAGUACUCAGGUCAAGGGAAGCAUAUUUGGUCUCCGGGGAGAUAUGGCGGCGACACCGCGUGACCCCAGUGGCAUGCAGCAGCCCAUCAUCUGGGGCAAUGUGAUUGGGAUCCUUGUGUUCCAUCUGCUUGCCCUCUACGCGCUGGUCACCUUGCCCCUGACAGAGAUCCGAUGGCAGACGUACCUCUGGGGUUACUUUCUGUAUCUGGCUGGAGGGUUCGGGGUGGCAGGUGGUGUUCACCGCCUCUGGUCCCAUCGUACAUACAAAGCAAAGUGGCCCCUAAGAGUGAUCCUUCUCAUCUGCUUCUCCAUAUCAGGACAGAAUUCAGUGUUUGAUUGGGUGAGAGAUCACAGGAUCCACCACAAGUUCAGCGAGACAGAUGCCGACCCACACAAUGCGAACCGUGGGUUCUUUUUCUCUCACGUUGGCUGGCUCAUGCAGAAGAAACACCCCGAGGUCCUGAGGCGGGGCCGACAAGUUGAUAUGAGUGAUGUACUGGCUGACCCAUUGGUCAGAUUUCACAAAAAGUAUUUUUCACUGUUGAAGUUAUUGUUGUGCUUCUUUAUCCCUGUGGUUGUUCCACCGCUUCUCUGGGGUGAAGGCUGGUACAACUCUGCCAUGGGUAUUGGAAUUGUACGUUACGUUCUUCUUUUGAAUGCUGCCUGGUCAGUAAAUAGCCUGGCGCACAUUUGGGGCGGAAAGCCCUACGACAGAGAAAUUAGUCCUACAGAGAACAUACUUGUAACUUGGCUGACAGCUGGAGAAGGCUGGCACAAUUAUCAUCAUGCCAUUCCAUGGGACUACAAAGCUGCAGAACUCGGUCCCACCACAAUAAAUUGGACAACUUAUCUUAUAGAAAUGUUCUCGAGAAUUGGGUGGGCUUAUGACCUGAAGACUCCAUCGUCAGAACUCAUCCGUAAGUUGGUACAGCGUAGAGGAGAUGGUUCCCAUUACAAGUGGGGUGCAGGAAAAGAGGGUACUGAAAGCAUUGUGGGGCAAAGUGUGGGUGAUAAGUUCCAGCAGUGGGGAGCAGCCAGAGAACUUCCAGAAGAAAUGCCAACAGAAUGCGAAUGAUGCAAUGUAACAAUUUGUUUUGGUUUUGUUGUAAAGUGUUUCUCUUUAAUCUUGAAAGCAUGUUUUGAUUACAUAGUAUAAAACAAAUGUAUUAGUGCAUGUAAAAUAAUCUUCAGAAUUACUGGGUUUCUUAACUUUGUCCAUCAUCCAGUAUUCGAAAAGGAAGAGAACACAACGUUUCAGAAACUGGAAACUUUCACAUUAAAAAUGAAUGUAUAAAAUAUACAGAGGUUUCACAUAAGGUCUACAUUAAUGUAUUUUUCACUUACAUUAUUUAUAUAAAUUUUAAUUAGAUUGUGAGUCACUUUGUAGUCUUCACCAUAAUAGAAUGAGCAUGCUUUCAAGUAUCUUUUUAGUUCUACUUUAAAUUGUGCCCUUUCAUUUAUAAAACUUUUUAGACUCAACAGCAGACCGUGAAAAAUUCUGAUGCCAACAUGGUAUGAGAAUAUGAGGGGUUUGCCGUUUUGUCUAUGAAGAUGGUGCUUGUUCCUUGUGUUAAUACUAUGUAUAGUUGAGUAAGUCCGAACAUAUUCUCGGUUAUGUAUGAUGGAGUUGAUUACUGAAAAUGUAUAUUCACAUGGAAGAGGUCAGUUCUGGAAACAGACCUCUGCAUGAAUUUCUAGGUUUGAUACCGACCAUGAUCUAACAGUUUUCUAUUGUAAUAUAAAUAUCUCUCUGCUGUUAGAUGAAUUAUACCAGAAAAUCGUUCCAUGUUUUCAUUAUAGAGUGAAAGGAGACCAAAUAAACUGAUUUGAGAGUAUCAGUAUUGCUGAUAUGUAAUACAGA